CCUACCCCGCCGUGCUGCACGCGUACGGGGCGCACCUGCGCGCCGCCGGGCUCGCCGAGAAGCUGGUGCUGCUGCUGGAGCUGCUGCUGGCUAUGAACUGUGCGGGGGCGGGCGCCGCGCCAGCCCUCGACCUGAGCCGCGUGCAGCACAAGCUGGACCAGCUAGAGGACCAGACGAUCCGCAGCGGGCUGCCGCUGAGCGCGGUGUGGGCGCGCGUGGAGCGGGCGCGGGGCGCGGCUCACUGGCGGCCUGACCGCGCCCCUCUGUCGUCGGCGCUGUCCGACCCGCAGCGCGCGCCGCUGCCGCACGACGUGGCCGAUCUGCUGCUGCCGGUGGUGGCGCCGCAGCAGCUGGCCGCGCUCGCGCUCACCACGCUGCUGCUCGCCAAGGUGCCGCUGCUGCCGGGCACGGAGUGGGGCGCGCGCUGCGUGGGCGAGCACGAGGCCGACUGCGGCGAGGCGCUGCUGCCGCUGGUGGCGGCGCGGGCGCGGGGCGAGGCCGCCCCCGCCGCCGCGCUGCUGCGCCUGCUGGCCGAGCCGCCGCUGUACCUGGCGGACGACACGGGCCACGAGAGCUGGCUGCGCUGGCUGUGGGACGCGUGGAGCGGCGCGGCGGCGCUGGCCGGCGAGGCGCGCGCUGCUCUGACGUGCUGGCGCCUGCGCUGGCUGCGGGCGCGCAUGCUGCUGGCGGCGCCGCGCGACCCGGAGCGCGCGCGACUGCGAGCGGAGACCCGGCGCGUGGUGAAGCAGUUCGGAGCCACCUCACCGCUCGUGUACGGAGAACUGGCUCGCAACGAGCUGGCGGCCAGCGGGCCCGAGCGGGCGCGCUCCGUGGCCACGCACGCCCUGCGCGCCGCGCUCGCAGACCCGUGCACGCCGCUCGCGCACGUGCUCUACCUGGCCAGGAUUGUAAAGGAGGUGACCGAAAGAAGCUCGCUUAUUACAAGCGAGGAGGCCGAGGUGAGUGGGGAAAGUGCGUUGAAGAGCGCUGUCAUGAGGAGUGUGAACGCUCGGAGCGACUGUAUAGAAACGUGCGAGGCGGAGUGCGAGCUCAUUGAGCGAGAGAUCGAGGCGGCGGAGGCGGCCGAGGGCGUGGCGGAGGGCGGGCACGAGGCGGCGGUGCGCGCGCUGUUGCCGGGCGCCGAGCAGUGGGCGUGCGUGAGGGCCGAGCUGGUGUCGAGGACGCGGGCUGCGCACCUGCUGCGGGGGCUGGUGUCGCGGGCGCCGCAGCUGCACGCGCUCCGCUCGGAGGCCGGCGUGCGCUACUACGAGGCGGCGGCGUGCGCUCUGCUGCGGCGUGCGGCCCGCGCGGGCGACAAGCCGGCAGUGACCGCGCUGGCCGCCGCCUUCCCCGGCAACGUGGAGCUGGCGCUAGCGCGAGCGAGCACGGCGCCGUGGGCCCGGCGGACGGCAGCGCCGGGGCCCGGGGCGGGAGGGCCCCGCUCGCCCGUGGCCGCACUCGCCAGCGCGUUUCCCGCUCUACUGCGAGCAGCCGAACUGGACUGGACGCCCGAAGCCAGUGAACGUGCAGCGCGCGCGUGCGAGCGUGCGACUAGUGCAGCGGGAGGAGUGAACAGCGGAGCGCUAGUUUGGAGCGCGCGGAUAGAGAGUGUGGCGCGAGCGGGCCGCGAACCGAGGGCCGCGCUGUAUGCAGCGCUGUCCGCCGCGCCCGACUGUAAGAUAGAGAGUGUGGCGCGAGCGGGCCGCGAACCGAGAGCCGCGCUGUAUGCAGCGCUGUCCGCCGCGCCCGACUGUAAGUGGCUGCACGUGCGUGGCGCGGCGUGGUGUGGCGACGCGGGCGCCAUGGCAGAUGCUCUGUUGGAGCGCGGGCUGCGGACACACGCGUUACCCGACGAGCUGCGAGACCCGACCCGCCCCACCUAGUGCUAGCAUACCAGUCAAUUGUAAUUGUAACAAACAAUUGUUAAAUCAAAUCAUUUUGUAUUAUAUAUAUA